GGCGGAGGAGGAGGAGGAGGAGGAAGAAGAAGAAGAGAAAGAAGCAGAUGAAGGUGAAUGGUGGGGCUGUCUUCUCUACUCCUUAGUACAUUUCUGGUGGGGGUAAGGCAACACUCAAAGUUCGUGGUGACGUAGUUGUGGCAGGAACGCGACGCGUUUUUGUCCCCGCCGGAAGGAAAUAGCAGCUUCCUAGAUUCUGAUCGCGUCUCAUCUUUGGUGUUUUUCAUCGAGGCGAAAGUACAGGAGUACGAAGGGGAAAAAAAAGGAGGCAGAUUCGAACUACGGAAGGAUCUGGAAUAUAGGUUAGGAAGGGAAGCGAGAGAAGAAGGGAAAACUAAAAGAGGCGAGGCGAGACGAGGCGAGACGGGGCGAGACGAGGCGAGGCGAGGAUCGGAAAAGAUAGGCGGAAGAGAAGUAGCGGGAUCGAGUGGAGGUAAACGAAACGAAACGAAAGAGGGAAGAAGCGGAGUGAAGGGGUGGUGGGGGAUAUCUAGUUAAAGAGACCGGAAGCGGAGGGUUUCUCUUCCGGGAAUUUCUCGAUCGUGAUAAGGACCAUUUGCGUGCCCAAAAGAUUACAUUCGCCGUCAGUCAAAGCAAACGAGAAAAUUUGAUUGUUUUUUCACGGUUUCCCAGUGGCCCGGAAAGAGAUCAUGAGGAUUUCGCGCGGUCAAUAUUUGUAUCCGUUCGUGUAUCUCAAAGAGGCUCUUUCGCUUUGAUCGCGGUGUACUCUCGAAGAGCUGGAGAAGAAAGAAGCCGAGAAACAGAAGGAGGAGGAAGAGGAAGAAGAGGGCUGCAACUUAGCCGAAGAAGAAGAAGAAAACGAUCGUGGUUCGGUGAAGUGUCGGCAGAAGCGAAGACCAGAUACGAGAAAGUAGUCGAGAGUGGACGGUCGAGGAGAUCGGGUGCUCGAUAAAGAAUUUCUCCUUCGAGAUCGGGGGAAAAGGAUCGCCCGGAAUAAUUUUUUUUCCAAGGAGCACGUGCGAGCCGAGAUCGCGCGUCACCGAGAUAUCGAUACGUCGCGCGUAUCGCAACUCCAAUCCAAUUUUUUUCGCCGGUUUCGUAGGUCAGCAAUCUCAGUGGCGUUCACGGCACGCUUGUGAAAACGCAAGACGACAUUCCGACACACCGCCACGAUUUUCCAACUAAUAUUCGCUCUCUUCGAGUCGAGAACGACCAUCGUGUUCCGGCUCGAUCAAGGGGACACAGACGGCCUUCAGAGAGGGGAAGCGAUCGGCAAUUGUCGAAGUUACACCACCGAGGGGCGGAGGGGAUGGAGAUGCGCCUCGUUCUCGUGGCGAUCUGCCUCCUUCUCGUUACCCCCAUCGCCGGCUCUUUCUGGACCGUUGGAAAUCAGGUGGUGAUGGAUCCGAUGCUUAUCUGCAAGAAGACUAGGAGGUUGAGGGGCAAGAUGGCGGACAUCUGUCGCAAAGAGCCUUCGCUGUUGAAGGAGAUCGCGAGAGGGGUACAGGUCGGGACCAAAGAAUGUCAGUACCAAUUUCGAAAUCGCAGAUGGAAUUGUACCACGAUCAGGAGAUCCCUGAGGAAGAUCUUGUUACGCGAUACCAGGGAGACAGGUUUCGUGAACGCCAUCACCGCGGCCGGGGUAACAUACGCGGUCACCAGAGCCUGCACUAUGGGACAUCUCGUCGAAUGUUCUUGCGACAAGAUGACGUCGAAAGGUAACAAGCUUGGCAAAUUGAGCCGCACCGUCGAAAUGGAGAAGAGUUUGCCGACCGAGGGCGACUGGGAGUGGGGAGGUUGCGGCGACAACGUGAAAUUCGGCUUCAAGAAGUCGCGAGACUUCAUGGACGCUCCUUAUCGAAAACGCAGCGACAUCAAGACUCUGGUCAAGCUGCACAACAAUAACGCCGGUCGUUUGGCCAUCAGAGAGUUUAUGAGCACGGAAUGCAAGUGUCACGGUCUCUCCGGAUCGUGCACGGUUCGAACCUGUUGGCGGAAAAUGCCACCGUUCCGGGACGUGGGGAACAGGCUGAAAGAGUCGUUCGACGGCGCGGCCAAGGUGAUACCGAGCAACGACGGGCACAGCUUCAUCACCGAGGGGCCGACCAUCAAGCCGCCGGACAGAUUCGAUCUGAUUUACAGCGAGGACUCGCCCGACUUCUGCAAGCCGAACAGAAAAACGGGCUCGCUGGGUACGCAGGGACGACGAUGCAACUCCACCAGUCAGGGAGUGGAUGGAUGCGAGCUCCUCUGUUGCGGCAGGGGAUACGACACGAGGGUCGUCAAGGAGAAGAUCAGUUGCGAAUGUAGAUUCCGAUGGUGUUGCGAGGUCACUUGCAACACUUGUCUGGUCAAGAAAACCAUCAACACGUGUCGUUAAAUUCUCGAAUCGAAUUUUCUCUACUUAUUAUAUAAUA